AUUUUUAUCACAUGCAUGUGUGUCUUCGAUACAGAAAUGACACACCAUGAAAUGGUGGACGUUUAUAUUCGUUCUUGUUAUAGCGACUUCAUUGACCAAUGCCAGAGGAGGUCGUGGUGGAUCUAGAGGGGGACGUUAUGGGGGUGGUUCCUACAGAGGCAGUAGAAGUUAUAGAUCCUCUUUCAGGGGUAACCGCCUGUCCAGCUCCAGUAGUAUUCGGUCAGCCCUGUUGCUGGGAACAGUAUACGGAGCUUCUCGGUACCGUAUGAGAGCCAGUUAUCGAGACCAUGGCACGUUGCCCAAAGUCUGCUACAACGACAAGUAUAACAUGAGUGCUAAUGGCACCGUGUCGUACAAGGGUCGGUUUUUCUGCCCACUGGAUGAGAGUAUGUCUGAUGAUUACAAAUACUGCUGCGGAGAGGAAGGACGUCAGUACUGCUGCAUAUUCUGGACUGCAGAAACAAUUGCUGGAUUGGUGAUAGGGAUCAUUAUCGGUACUGGUUUACUGUUUGUUGGUGUAUUUUGUGUGGUGAAACGUUUAAAAUCAACAAGACUGAGGAGGAGUGCGCACACAGAAAGAAGGUCCAAUAUUUACCUUUCUAGCAGUAGCAGUCAUGAAAACUCUUCUGCCUAUCCUCCCCCAUCGUACGAAAUGGCAACCGCAGACGAAAAAUCACCACCACCACCACCACCACCAUACCCGACCAAGAAUUCGGAAUAUACGUACACAACUGAAUAUGGCGUAACACCGUCAGAAUCCAAAUGAACAAUCUCGUGACUUUUAAAUGAUCAAACAAAAAGCAAAAUUUCCAAUGACUUCAAUGUUUAAUAUUGAUUAAUAUAUCGUUUUCUUCAUUGGAUGCAUUUCAAAAUGACUUUCCUAGACAUUAAUUAUUACUUACACCGGGAAUGUUACCGUGCAUGCUUCGAAUCUGUACUUCAAGGAAGCAACUCUGACGUCACGAAAACAUUUUAAUUCUCCGCCAAAAUUAUUUGUGUGUUGUGUUGAGUAACUUUUACGUGUGUGUGAGAAUACUAGAUCGACUGAUUAAUAAGAGAAAGAUUUUCUCCUGUUGAGAGUGGUUUACAAUGAAAUGUUUUACAGUAGAACUUCAGUAUCUCGAUCAUCGAAAACUGUAAAUAAGUCAAUGUGAGCCGGAAGUCUCAACCACUUUUUCUUUAUGUAUUUUAAUCUCAGUAUCCUCGGAUAUCUCGAUUUUUUCUUUUACGUUCAUAACAUCAAGUUUUGACUAUGUUUAUGACAUAGUAUUUCUUUUAUUGCGGGAUUGUAUUCUAAUAAAACUACAUGUAAAAAGGCACUAUAAAA